AUGGAUCGACGCAAAGUUCUACUAUCACUGGGUUUCACUCUCGUAAUCACGUGUACAGCCAUCCCUGACUACGAUGCAAGUGCGUCUUCGGGUCGCUUCCAGCGACAAACGCUCUGUUCACCAGGCCAGUGCAAACAGAACUGUGAACUUCUUGUGCAACGCUUCUUCGAAGACGUGGACGCCAUCCGUGACAGGUGUCUUCAAAACUGUAACACCCCUCCCAUAACUUCUGACGGAAACAUUGCACCAAGCGCUCUCGCCGUGACUACAACCCAAGCGGGGGCCUUGAUAUCCCAGAUCGGACAGGUGGCCGCAGGUGGGGGUGCACCUUCCAACCUCCUGAACCUCAUCUCACAGCUACUGAACAACGUCAUCAGCCUAGUUUUGAAUGUGAUCCUCGGGGGAACGCCCGCCGCAAGCGUAACUCAGCUGACGGCGCCGUUACAGGGCGUGAUUGGACAGCUGAGUGCACUACCGGCGCGCACAACGACCCUACAGUCGGCGAUCAACACCCUGACGCUGAUAUUCAACGCGCUGCGAUCAUUGCAGUCCGGCACUUCACCCCUUUCGGUGCUGAAUCUGCUGAACUCGUUGGUUCCAACGGUGCUGAACACUGUGAACACUCUCCUGGGAGGGCUACUGGGAGGACUCUUGGGAGGCGGCGGCGGCAGUGCCCCUAGCCUUCCCGUAGUAACCACAGCGGCACCCAUUUUGCUAACCACGGUGGCCAACGUCGUGAACAACACAGUUGGUGGUAUAACCGGAGCUCUGAACAACACCCUAGGGGGACUGCCGGGUGGUGCGAUCGUAUCCAACGUCACGAACGUUUUGAACAACACUAUCGGGGGUGUAGUGGGUGGUGACAUUGGAGGGGUUGUUGGCGGUGCCACUGGGGUGCUGAACAACACUAUCGGCGGUGUUGUGGGUGGUGAUCUAGGAGAUGUUGUGAACAACACAGUUGGUGGUAUUACCGGAGUUCUGAACGACACCCUAGGGGGAUUGCCGGGCGGUGCGAUCCUACCCAACGUCACAAACAUUUUGAACAACACUAUCGGGGGUGUUGUAGGUGGUGACAUAGGAGGGGUAGUGAACAACACCAUUGGCGGUGUUGUUGGUGGUGCCACAGGAGUGCUGAACAACACUAUCGGUGCGCUGCCAGGUGGUAAUGUAGCUGGCGAAGUCUUAACCAACGCUACGAGUGUUCUGAACAACACCAUCGGUAGCAUCGCUGGUGGUGAUGUUGGUGGUGCCGUGGGCGGUGCAAUUGGUGUCCUUAACAAUACCCUGCCAGCACUACCAGCACUGCCAGUACUGCCAGGUGGUGACAUUGUAGGCAGUGUAGUGAACAACACCAUUGGAGGGGGAACCCUGCCCGGUAUUGUGACCAACCCUCCUACAGGUGUUAUUACUAACCCAAUAUUAAACAAUACGAUAGGUCCGAUUUUGGGCGCUGUGACGAAUAAUACAAUCGGCAUCCCAGGUAUCACACCACUCGGUCUCUCAUACAUUAGUAGUCUAUACAUUUAA